UUGCCCACCGUCGGUAGUAUGCAGAGCUGGUUCUUUGCCCAAGACCGGAAAAAACUGAAAACUAGAAUUCCUCCGAAAUCGCCCGCCAAGCCACCACCGUCGCCACCAAAAAUGUAUACCGAAGAGUGGAAAUUUAGUGUAACCGUUCCAUAUGCUAAUGUUAGCGCACGAGAUACCGUCGUUAUUACGGGGAAUAUACCUCAGCUCGGUGAAUGGGAUUAUUUGAACGCAGUUCCACUUGAAAAGGAGCCAGGUAGAGAUGUGUGGUCUAACACUAUAACAAUCCCAAACACAUGCGAGAUUUACUAUCGCUAUGCCGUGUGUACCUUCGAUGAUCAUAACAAAGAAGCAAUCAUUGUGCGAUCUUGGGAGACCAAUGUUUGUCCUAGAGUAAUCAAGGAAAACACGCGUGAGCCAUCACUAGAUGUCUACGGGCACUAUGAUGAUAAGGUCAGGCUCUGUAGAGGAUGGCUCACAUGUCAAACAUUACUGCAAUUUAAAUUUGUCAAAAAUCCAUUAAAGCUUAAGACUCGUUUAGCUGGAAGACUCAUUAAUAUAAAAGUAACUCCAGUCAACUUGAGUUUUGGAACUGAAGGUCAGAUUGACGAUUCACUAAGCACCGACACUGCUGAGGUCCCCACCGGAGUUUCUGUAGAGGUGGCCACAUUGGAUAAUGAUGCUUCCCUUUGUCAGCUGCACCCACAAGAACAGUUUGGAAAGGAGUACAGACCUGAUGAUAUUCUUAUUGUUAAUAUAAUGGCCCAGAAGCUGGACAGUGUGGCUUAUCUAGUAGAUUUCUAUUGCUAUAGUACUAGAGCUUCCACUCAGGAACCGCCAUGUCAUGUUGGUUACACAUACGUACUGCCCAACAUGUUCAAACCCUCGGAAGGAAUGUUAGAAUUGCCAGUCACAUGCAGCAUCAAGCAUAGACCUCUUGGGACGGUGAACAUUCAGUAUUUGACUAUAAAUCCCAUGUCAGAGACUAAGCUUAACUCUUUUGAGGUUUCAUAUGCAAAGCAUUGGAAUCCUACAUGGACCGGGUUGGAGGUAGGCCAUCGGGGGCUGGGAGCUAGCUUCAAAAAGAAAGAAGGAAAUUCUAUUCGUGAAAAUACCAUAGCUUCUCUUAAACAGGCAGCUGCAAGUGGUGCAGACAUGCUUGAGUUUGAUGUUCAGCUAAGUAAAGAUAUGAUACCAGUUAUAUAUCAUGAUUUUUAUGUAUGUAUUUCUAUGAAAAGAAAGAAGGAAGUUGACUUCACAGAAAUGCUUGAAUUGCCUGUGAAGGACUUGACUUUGGAACAGCUUCAGAAACUUAAGGUAUACCACUUAGUUGAGGGACGAAGCCAUGAAGCCCUGUUUUUUGAUGAAGAUUUAGAUGAACACCAGCCAUUUCCAACAUUGGAAUUGGCUUUAAACACUAUAGAUAGCCAUGUUGGAUUCAAUGUUGAGCUUAAAUGGACCAUGGAAUUGGAGGAUGGCACGUUUGAGCUUAAUAACCCAUUUGAUAUGAACAUUUAUGUUGAUAAGGUACUGGAAAUUGUUCUGAAGCAUGCAGGAUCGCGAAACAUCGUGUUUUCCUGUUUCAACCCUGAUAUCUGCACAAUGGUCAGAAACAAGCAAAACAAAUAUCCCGUCAUGUUUUUAACUAUCGGUGUCACAAGUAAAUACAAGCCAUACCGAGACCCCAGGUGCCUGUCAAUUCCGGCUGCAGUACAAAAUGCCAUCAGUUCAGACAUUUUGGGCAUAGUUGUGCACACAGAAGAUCUGCUCAGAGAUCCUACCCAGGUCAAGUUGGCGACGGACGCCGGAUUGGUGAUAUUCUGUUGGGGCGACGACAAUAACGACAAGGCUACCAUCAAGAAACUUAAGAAUCUCGGCCUUCAUGCCGUCAUAUACGACAAACUUGACCAGUACACCACUAAAGAAGUUAAGGAGAGCAUAUUCCUGAUGGAAGCGCGCGAAUCCCAGCGCGAUGUGAUCCGCCUGGCCGCGCUCUCGUCGCCCGCGUCCGGGUCCGCGAGCAGCGCCUCCGCGGAGGUGUCGCGCGGCGCCGCGCGGCCCUACCUCGACCUGGCCGCUCGCCUCGCCGCAGCGCCCUCUACCGUGACCUCCCUAGAGUCCCUCGCGUCCACCGACGACGAGGAUAGAAACUUGAAGAGAAACAGGGACAUUAUUGCUUGCAUUGACAAGGAAUCCCAGGUGAAGGAGCAGCGCUACAACUUCCAAGGGCUGUUUCCGGCCGGUGACAAUAAGUCGGCUAGUAUCAAAAAGUCGCGUAAGAGUGACGCCGAAUGAAUUUAUCUAGAGCUUGCAGCAAAGUAUGUUUUUGAUUUUAUUUUUUGCUCAAUUUAUAGUUAGUUAUUUCAUUUUAAGGGCAGUAAAUGCGGAUCGCUUUGUAUAUAUUUUAACACAAAAUGACCCGGUUUAAUUGCUCUUAAAUUAGUUUUAUUACAUCUGUACAGGUAUUAAUUUUAAAUUGAUUCCAGUAACGUAACACAUUUUUGUAUUUUAAG